AUGGACAGCGGCAAGGUGACCCACCACCAGGAGAGCCUGUUUGACCUGCAGUGGUUGGAGGUCCCAGACAUGGCCCUGGAGGAGCUGCAGUCCCUCUCGAGGAACAUGGCGUUUCAGCUCAGGAGGCUGGUGGAUGAGCGAGACAGUUGCAGGGAGCUGAUCGUGACCCUGACCCUGGAGCGGGACACCAGCAGCCGCCCCAGCGAGGACACGCAGCACCUGGCCGUGGAGCUGGCAGACACCAAGGCCAGGCUGUGCAGCAUCAGGCAGGAGCUGGAGGAGAAGACGGAGCAGCUGGCAGACACCCGGCAUGAGGUGGACCAUCUGCUGCUGGAGCUGCAGGAGUCCGAUCGCUAUAACAUGGAGCUGGCGGCCAGCGCCCAGUCUGCUCGUGAUGCCCUCUCUGAGCUGGACUCCCUGAGGGAGAAAGCGAGCCGUGUGGAGAGGCUGGAGAUGGAGGUGAAGGGCCUCAGAAAAAAUCAGAAAGAUGCAGACUUCUAUGCAGCCCACAUGAAGGAGCUGAUUGAAGACAAUUAUACUUUAAUGGACACCAAGGGCCUUCUCCAGGAGCAGCUGACUAUCGCUCGGUCCCGGGUCGAUAAGCUGUACGAGCUUGAGGAGGAGAAUGUGCAGCUGAAAUCAAAGCUGCGCCACCUACAGUUGGCCAAGUACACAGACCAGAAACGCCUUGAGGAGCUGCGGGAAGAGAACUUGGCACUCAAGGCUGCACAGGGUCAGAGUGCGAAGGAGUCCGCCCACCUGCGCUGGGAGCUGGAGCAGCUGUCAGAGGAAGCUGAGGCCCCUGGCCUCUGGGCUCUGACUCCACUUUGCUCUUCAGCCUCCAGCUGCUUCCUGAAGCUGGACAAAGAGAAGCAGAGCCUCCAGGGCACCAUCCAGGGGCUGCGGGAUGCCUCCCUGGCCCUGCAGGAGAGCAGCAUUCAGCGCCGGGAGCUGGAGAAGGAGAACCAGCAGCUCAGCAAGCAGAUUGAAGACUUGCGGGUCCAGAUGGAAAGAGAAAAGCAGACCAGUCAGGAUCUGGAGACCCUCAGUGAGGAGCUGGUGGAGGAGAGAGAACAGCUGCUUCGUGACAUAGAGACCCUGAAGGCUGAGAAAGCCCAGGAGAUCAAGGAUCUUGAACAAGUGGUGUGUUUGCUGCGGGCGAGUUCACAGGCCAGCAGCGAGGCCCGUGUGCAGGACAUGGAGAAUGAAAACAAAGUCCUCCAGCAGACGGUGCUGGAGACAAGCAGCCAAGUCAGCAAGCUGGAGUGGGAACGGCUGCAGCUGCGCCAGGACCUAGAGCAGGUGAGGGAGCAGGCGGCGCGGGCACAGGAGCUGGAGCAGGAGCUGCACCGGCUUCAGGAGGAGAAGGAGAAGCUGGCCACGGAGGUCAGCGCCCUGACGAGGGCCCCCGAGGGGAUCAAUGCCCUGGAGCGGGAGAGCCAGGGCCUGUUGCUGGAGAACCAGAGACUGCAGACGUCUCCGGACCCCCUGCAGCCCGAGGGUCUGGAUCGGGAUGAGCAGCUGGACACCAGGGUGGAACAUUCCACUCUGAGCUCCCAGGGCACCUCGCUCACUGCGAUCAGGGAGCAGAACCUGCAGCUCCAGCACCAGCAGGCGGCCACAGAGAGGGAGCUUGAGGCCCUGCAGGAGCAGCACCAGCAGCUGGCGGCAGCCCACGAGGCUCUGCAGCGGGACCAUGCCUGCCUGGGGGCGCUCCACGAGCACCUGUCUGGGGAGCACGAGGCCCUCAGGGACCAGUACAGCCGUAAGAAGACGCUGCUGCAUCGGACCCUGAAACUGCAGAGCAAGGCGCUAAGUGACAGGGCCAAUUUCCUGCAGCAGCAGCUGAAGGGAGAGCAGGAGGAUCUGCAGACCCACACCAAGGAGCUGCAAACCUCCCUUAACAAUAAACAGCUGGAGGUGAACCAGUGGCAGGCCCAGUGCGAAGGACUGAAACGGGAGCAGGAGGAGCUGCACGCCCACACCAAGCAGCUGCAAACCUCCCUGGAGAACACACAGCUGGAGGUGAACCACUGGCAGGCUCUGUACGAGGGGCUAAAAGAGGAGCAGGAAGAGCUGAAUGCCCACACCAAGCAGCUGCAAAGCUCCCUGGAGAACACACAGCUGGAUGUGAACCACUGGCAGGCUCUGUACGAGGGGCUAAAAGAGGAGAAGGAAGAGCUGCACGCCCACACCAAGCAGCUGCAAAGCUCCCUGGAGAACACACAGCUGGAGGUGAACCACUGGCAGGCUCAGUACGAGGGGCUAAAAGAGGAGAAGGAAGAGCUGCACGCCCACAACAAGCAACUGCAAACCUCCCUGGAGAACAAACAGCUGGAGGUGAACCAGUGGCAGGCCCAAAUUGAAGGACUGAAGCAGGCGCAGGAGGAGCUGCAGACCCAGACCAAGGAGCUGCAAACCUCCCUUAAUGACAGGCUGCUUGAAGUUAACAGCUGGCAGGCGCAGUGCGACUGGCAGAGGGAGGAGCUCCAGAGCAUGAACAUGUCGCUGACAGAGCUGGGCAACCACUGCCAGCGGCUCUCCAGUCUCAGGAGGAACGUGGAGAGAGAAAACCGUCACCUGCAGUGCCAAGUCCACAGGUUGAAUGAGCAGAACCAGAGGCUUCUCCAGGAGGACAUGGAGAACAAGGACCAGCAUCACCAGGAGCAGCAGCAGUACGUGGGAGGGGUAGACAAAUUACAUGCCUCACAGAAAACUAAUAAAAACCUGGAAGAAAAAAGCAUGGCUCAACACAAGUUCCAUGAUCCAGCACCAAAGAAGAAGAAGCGCUGGAUUAGAACCAAAAACAUUGUCAAAUUAAUCAAAGGCAAGAAAGGGGGUUCCAGAGAACAACCAAAGUCAACCCCAGAGAGGGUUCCAGAGAACAACCAAAGUCAACCUCCCUCGCUGCUGGGGUCCUCAGACCAGGCCUCGCCCAGCCUACAAUAG